AUGCUGUAUCUCAUCAGAACCAAAUUAGUUACAGGAAGUAAGACAUCAAAUUCAUGGGUAUUUAAAUCCAAUGUAUUGGUAAGGAAUGCAACUGCUAAACCUAUCAAGUGCUGGUCUUCCAAAUUUUGUGGUCUUUCUCAGGCAAGAAAUGCAAAUAUCUAUAAAGUAGUGAACAAUAGUAUUAGGUUAUCACUGAAACAGAAGGCUGCCAAGGGGAUCAUAUCCAAGUACAAGAUCAAUCGCCUUAAGUCAGAUUCCUCUCAGAAAGCCAAAAGUUAUGGAGAAAAGUCACUCCAUAGACAUGCGAACAGUGUAUACAAAGUGAAUAAUGCCAUUGGUCUGUAUCAGAAGCAGAAAGGAAUGAAGGGCCAUGUGUCAAAGUACAAGAUUAAUCGCUUAAAGCUGGACUCUUCCCACAGUUUUAAGGCUAAGACUGGGUAUCCAUUUAAGAAAGGGAAACUGGGAAUUCGCUCAGACCGGAUUAUUAAUAUUGGAGGAAUUUUAUACAAGUCAACUAAAACUUCAUUAAGGAAGCAGCUGGCUAAAAAAUUAGAGAAUGAAAAGAAAGCAGCAGAUUCCAUGUGUGUUGUUCAUCUUCGUGGUCACAAGUUCCAAGUUGGUGCCGGGGGGCGAACCCUGAAGAGAAUAACAGAUACCACAAGUUCUGGAAGAAUGCAGCCUGCCCUCUCUAGAGUUCACAUUGGUGGCCUCACUUAUUCUCGCACAGCAAAUGGCCAGUAUGAACUAACAAGGGUUCAUCAGGCUCGGGCUGUGGUCAGUUCGGCAAAGCAACGAAGUAUGCAGAUGCUGUCACAGAGAAGGAAAAGAGGAGCCAUGCAGAAGCGAAAUGAGUACUGCAUCUUCUUCAACCGAUUCGGUCGAUGCAGCAAGAAGGAUCAAGGGGAAUGUCCAUAUAUUCAUGACGCAAAGAGAAUUGCUGUGUGCACAAGGUUUUUACGAGGUCGGUGCCCAGUAAGCAACUGUCCAUUCUCACAUGUCAUCGACCCAGACAAGAUGCCAGUCUGUUCACAUUUUGUAAGAGCUAGUUGCACCCGAGAUAAUUGUCCAUACAGGCAUGUGCGCGUCAAUCCCAAUGCUCCUAUAUGCCCAGAGUUUCUACAGGGUCACUGCACACUUGGAGAAGAGUGCAAGAAUCAGCAUAUCUUGGUUUGUGAAGAGUACAGCCUGACAGGAACUUGCCCAAGAGGAGUCACCUGCCCACUUUCUCAUCACCGAGGUAAAGGGAAGAGAAGAAGGUCUGAAUCAGGAAAACCCAGAAGAAGUAGACAACCAUUUACAAGCAGGAAAAGGAAGGCAAGUGAAAGCCAAGAUGUUCUUGGAGGACCACCAAAGGCCAAGAGCAAAACAGAAAAGAAAAUAAAGGCAAAAACUGUCAAAGUUCCUCUUAAAAGGUACUUCCAGUUCAGCAGUCUGGAGAGCAAUAAUGAUGAUGAUGUCAGUGAAUGUCAGAAGAGUACCUCUGACCUCUGUGGUGAUGAUGACCAGUCAUGUGUCUCUCAUGUACCAGACCAUUCAUCUUCAUCAGCACCAUUACAGAAAGAACAAGAAGAAAUACAUACUGAAGAGAAACAGCCAGUAGAGUCAUCACCUUCAUCUUUCACCUGCAGAAUAGAGGAAACAAGACAGAGACUCAUGACUAAGAUGGAAAAGAUGAAGCAGACAAUCUCAAAACUUGAACUGAGUGAUGAGGGAGUGCUUGAAGACCGAAUGUCUGAGAGCAAAAUUCACACAAAGUCUCAGAAAGAUUCUUCACACACCGAAGGAGACAGUUCUCAGUCCUUUGCUGGAUGUGAGAAAAACAGACACAAUGAUAAAGACAGUGAAGAGAAUGAGAGCAGUGUCCAUGAUCAAAACAUUCAUGAAGUGGGUCGAGUGUUACAAAGACCACCUCUACCAAAGAGAUUGCCGUCAUACAUACCACUCAGCAUGGAUGAUGAAAACUGAUGCAACAGGAUAUGUGAUAGAUUGUGAUGGUUUGAUAUUAUUUUAUGUCCACAUCAUAGUUGUGAAUAUAAAUGUAUUUGUUAUACUCACCAUAUUUUAUAUGACAUAGUAUUUGCCCCUCUAUUUUUGCUAUCCUUCCAGAUAUAUUAGUUAUUGCUAUGGCAAAAUCAAAUGAAAAUGACCUUAUUGUAAGAGUUAAUGCCAGAUAUAUAUGUAAAGAGGUCAUCUUUUAAAGGAAAUCUAUUUUGUAGGAGACAAUGAUUUUCAUACAUUUUUGAUAUGAUGUAUUAUGUAUGGACUGUUUGAUAGUAUAUAACAGGUAAAACAUUUUUGAAGAGAUGGAAUACCAAUACCUAGUCUUAUGUUGCACACUUGGAUAAGUACAACUUUGUGUUCAUGAUAUUUCUGCUCAGAAUAAAGGUUUUAAAAUUUU